GCGGAUCUUCUAAACCGUGAGGAGACUCUGGACUUUAUCCAGAAGAAUUUGGAAGGGAUACGUUUUGGAAAGAAUUUCAAGAUGCCACGUCAAACGUGAAAUCAACCAACCUCUCAGAAGGCCAAGCCCUGCACUGCCUUUCUCCAGGAAAAGGUCAUGUCCCACUCAACAAUGGAUGUGCGGAGAGAUGAAGGACGAAGGAUGUCAAGAAACCAAAACAAACUGACCAGAAAUAACUUUCCAUGUGUGACUCUGUAGACUCUCGGGUCCUAAUCCUCGACGUCCUCCAAGGAUCUCCCGCUACCCCAGUGGUUAUUCUGAAUAAAUAAGGAUGUGAGUAGAUCAGGAAUGAAGAGCAGGAACAUGAAGAAACUCCUGUGAAGGAUAAGCUACCUGAUAAAUGUUCUGGCCCCAGAAGACUUGCCAAAACCUCUUCUUGUUUCUGUGCAUCUCAGCAGUGAUCCUCUGCCUGAGACCUGCAUCUGAAUCCUCCGUCCCUUGUUUUAAGCCCAGAAUCAGCAAAUACCCCGAGGGAAAAAGAGCUGCUGAAUGCACCCCUGAGGUUUCCCGUUUGAGGUAUUUAGGACCUCCAGUCCUGGAUGCCUUGGUACAUUUCUGAUGUGUUCAAAUAGAUGUUUUUCACUUGACAUUUUUACUUGUUCUCAGAGAGAGCACUGGUCUACUACAACGUAAGCUAUUAAUCCAGAGGAGGUGGAAAUCCAGAAUUGCCUGCCUCUAGAUGUUACAUUUUGAUGGGUGUUGGGAAGAGAAAGGCAGACAAUAAACAACAAACAAAAAUUAAAGAAGAUAAUUUCAGAGGAUGAUAAAGGCUCUGACAGAAAUAAACAAGACGGAGUGAACACUACAUCUUAUAUCUGAGGGAAGUACAUCCUACAAGGUGCCCUGACGUGUUGUUAUGGGCUGAAUGUUUGUGUCUCCCCAAAAUUCAAACCUAAUUCCCAAUGUGAUGGUGUUUGGAGGCGGGGCCUUUGGGGGGUGAUUAGGGCAUGAGUGGGAUUAGUGUUCUCAUGAGAGAGACCCCAGAGAGCUCCCACACCCCUUCCUCCAUGUGAGGACACAGGAGGAAGACGGCUAUGGCCCAGGAAGCAGGUCCUCACCAGACAAUGAGUCUGCCGGCCCUUCAUCUUGGGCUUCCAGCCUCCAAAACUAUGAGAAACAAAUUUGUGUUGUUUAAAAGCCACCCAGUCUAUGGUAUUCUAUAACAGGAGCCCACAUUUACUAAGACACUGAUUACAACUCACAAAGAAAAGUGCUUCUUACCCCCACUGUGUGGAUGAGAACAUGGUAAUCUUUGGGGCACAGGUGUUCUUCACACUCCAGCAGUCAGACCAGGCUGGGGAAACCUCGGGUAACAAGGCAGCAGGGAAACAGCACUACAUCUGGCCCACAGCCAUUAGAGGUUACAGGUCUCAGCACAAAGGCCCCUCACUAACCCAAGUAAGAAAAGAGAGAAGGUCUUCUGAGACGUCCCCAUUACGUGCACUUAGAGCCUGCUAGGCAAGAGGCCACAGGAGGGCGCUUCCCGGAUCUGCCUUGAGCAGUCGAGGGAGCCAUUUGUUCUGAAGGCCACUGGGCUGCCAUAACUCAUGGGCCCCCUAAUUCAGAUGAGCUGGGGAUGCUGGGCCCUGGAAAUGAGCUUUCCCCGCCACCGCACUGCGCUCGGCUCUCAGCCUUCCAUCAUUUCCAAAGCAUUAAGCAGCCUGCAGCUCGAGAAUCCUGCCGCUGGGUGACAUCUCAACAUCUGACAUCAUUCAGAAGAUGGGGCGAGGGUAAAAAGAGCACGUUUUUGAUUGGGGACAUAAACAAUGCUGAGGAAGAAAUUACGUUAAAAGGCUUUUCUUUUCCUAAAUGGACUUGCAGGAUGUGGCUUCCCAGCUGGGCUGCUGUGAGGAGAUCGAGUUCAGGGAGCCAAGGAGGUAACUCGGAGCGGGUGACACUCAGGCGUGAGGUGCUGUGCAGAGUGAGGGACACAGCAGACCCCGCCGUCAGGAUGCACUGUUCACCUCAAGAGCAGGGGAGAUGCGGGCGCAGCUUCACUGUGCUCCCGGAGGCUCUGGGUGUCACAACAAACCAAAGGGGACAGACACUGGGUGUCCAUCCAGGAGGGAAAGCCCCUCAUCUCCAGAGAUCUUCACCUAGAUCUCGCAAAGCUGCAGAGGCCCCUCUCCUGCCAAGAGCCUCCCAGACGGCCUUCUCCAUACUAUGUCCGCUUGGUGGGAUUCAGGAAGACUGCUCAGUGCUUUGUCUUCCCAGCUCAGCCUCCACACGAGGAAAAGUAAAAGGAAUCAAGAGCCUCAGCUUCCUUCCAAACUUACAGAACCUGCUACGAGCCCUUUGGCAAGAACAAAAGGGCCCAUGCCUUCUUGCCUCUGGCUCUUUGCACAGAGUGGCGCCGAGGGCAGGCACUACAUGGAAACCUUCCAAGGAUUUCCAGGUCUACCAUAGAGGUGCUGGGAUUUGGGCCUUGGAAGAGGGACUGCUUACGAACAUCAGGACCCAACCUCCAACCCACCCAGCCCCCAAACCAGCCUCAGCUGUGUGAAUGGAGAGGCUCAACCCAGAGUAGGCGCUGGGAAAGAACAACACGUUGCAACGACUCUGAGUCCAUGGUCAUCUCAGCAUGAGCGGAUGCACUAGGCUGACAGUCAGAAUUCUAGGAUGCUGGUCCUCACAGGGGACUUCAACUUGCAGGGCCAACUAGGGGUGAUUCCUUUUAUAGAUGAGGACGCUAUUUCCUCAGACUGCACACAACUGUGCCCUGAUGCAAGGACAUGAACUCUGUAAGGACUGAGAGCACACAGGUUUGAUCAUCGCGGUACCUCCAGUGUCUAGCAAGAACCAGCACACAGUAGGUGCCUCCUGUGUGCAGAAACUGUAUCAAGUCCCAUGCGGUACAGAGAG